AAAUCGGAUCCUUAUCAUUGAUGAAGCAACAGCAAACGUGGACCCAAGAACAGAUGAGUUCAUUCAGAAGACGAUCCGAGAGAAGUUUGCUCAGUGCACGGUGCUGACCAUCGCGCACCGCCUCAACACCAUUAUCGACAGCGACAAGAUUAUGGUUUUAGAUGCAGGAAGACUAAAAGAAUAUGGUGAACCUUACAUUUUGCUACAGGAAAAAGAUGGCUUGUUUUACAAAAUGGUGCAACAAGUGGGCAAGACUGAAGCAGCUGCUCUCAUAGAAACAGCAAAACGGGUUUACUUCAGUAAGAAUUAUCCGGAAGUUGUUCAGAAUGGCCAGCUUGCCACGGACUGCUCCUUGGAUCCUUCCUCGGGAGCCUGGAUCACCGAAACUGCACUGUGAUUCCUGACAACCCGCAGCUGUUUCCCAGAGAACGUAAACCUGAGAUUAUUCAGACUCACUGACUGACAGUGUUUGAAAG